GUUCCGAACCCAAAUUAAGACCACCGUACGAUAUGAUGCCCAGUUUGCAGCACGAGACACGGGAAGAAGAAGCAGAAGGCCGGGCCGUCCCCGUCGCCGACGCGCCCCCCGGCGACACGGCGCCGACCCAGACCGAGGUGAGCGCUUCGGGCAAGCGCGGCAUCCCGGUGCUGAUCGCGCCGUUCCAGCCCGGCGGCGGCGCUUCAGACAUGAGCAGCAGAGCGUUCCAGGGCUUCCUGGUCCUCCACGAGGAAGACAACAAGCAGGACGACCCACGGAAGAAGUGGUUCAAGGAGAUGCGCGGGUGGCUCAUGGUUCUGGCCACCGUGGCGGCGUCCGUGACGUACCAGGCCGGGCUCAACCCGCCCGGCGGGUUCUGGCAGGACAACGGUGACGGGCACAAGGCCGGGAACCCGGUGCUCCGGGACACGCUCAAGGGCAGGUACCAGACCUUCUACUACUUCAACGCGACGGCGUUCGUGACGUCGCUGGUGAUCAUGGUGCUGCUGAUGAGCGAGCGGUUCUACCACACGGAGGCCAAGCUGGUGGCGCUCAUGCUCACCACCGUCAUCGACCUCGCCAGCCUCGUCGGCGCCUACAUCGCCGGCACCACCCGCUACAUGUCCUCCUGCGUCUACAUCAUCGUCAUCACCUGCGUCGCCUUCGUCGCCGUCAUCUACAUCGGCGAGGUUAUGCCGGAGAUAUGCGCCUUCGUGCUGCCGAGGUUGAAAUGCAUGCGUAACCUUGCGAUGCGGAAGUGGUUUCCGGUUCCGGCGGACGUGGUGACGAACGCGUUGCCGGAGGCGCAUCCGGAGGCGCGGGAGCGCAGGAAGAAGCAGGCGGCGAGGAGCAAGCGUGGCCCUGCUUGUUGCCCCUGCUGUGCGCGGCCGGCGACCACGUCUAAUACGCGCGACGUAGAAGAGCAGCUGUGAUAAGUAUAUAUGAUCGGACAUUCGGACCAAGUGACAGUGUUUUGGAUUGCAUGCAUCCGUAUUCGCUUCUCUCACGUGACGGCACGUUAUUGUUGUCCUUAAUUUUGUGUUGCUGGUUUUCUUGCCUGCGUUCCAUCGGUAUUCAUGCAACAUGUAGUAAAUCAAGUCUGGUUCCUGCGUUGAUGUUUGCUUUCUUCCUGUUGGAAAAUAUUGUUUCUUUCUCCCUAA